CCAAGUUCCGCUUCGACAAGGAAAUGCAUCCGGGAAAGAAUUAUUCAGCCCCCGCCCCCAGGGUUGUGAGGAAGAACUGGCUGUUGCCCUGUCUCCCGCCGUGCAUCCUAUAACCAGCCUCAUUUUUUAAGCAUUAGGCCGGAUGUCCUAAGCGACAGGCAUUCAAAGCCUGGUACAUUUUAGUCUCAUCAGGUGUCAGACGUGUCACCAGAUUUUUCCACAGUAGCUGGUCAGCCCUGACUCGUGAGCAGCGCACAAUUGGCUAAGCAUGGAUUUAGCACUUUGGUGCUCCCUCCACUCGGAGUUCCUGGAAACACCGCGUGCACCCCAUGUCGCUGUCACGUUAUAAACGUGCUAGGGCUUUGGUGUCGGCUGGGGAGCAGGCAGGCCUCGCCCAGGGCGGGAGGGAAUCAGACUAGAUUCUCCCCGCGGAGACCCAAAACCGCGCGGACCAAUGGGGCGGGGCGGGGAGGGGCGGUGCCGCGCUCGUCCCGCUCCGGUUCCGGUGGGCCAACUUCCGGCGAGUGGGCGAGCUGGAGCCUGGUGGUCACCCGGUGUCGGUUUCAUUUUCCUUUGGAAUUUCUGCUUUGCAGACAGAGCAAUGGCAGCCCAAGUACUUGUAAUUGGCAGUGGAGGAAGGGAACAUACGCUGGCCUGGAAACUUGCACAGUCUAAUCAUGUCCAACGCGUAUUGGUUGCUCCAGGAAAUGCGGGCACUGCCUGCUCUGAAAAGAUUUCAAAUACCGCUGUCUCGAUCAGUGACCACACUGCCCUUGCUCAAUUCUGCAAAGAUGAGAAAAUUGAAUUUGUAGUUGUUGGACCAGAAGCACCUCUGGCUGCUGGGAUUGUUGGGAACCUGAUGUCUGCAGGAGUGAGAUGCUUUGGACCAACAGCAGAAGCAGCUCAGUUAGAGUCCAGCAAAAAGUUUGCCAAAGAGUUUAUGGACAGACAUGGAAUCCCAACUGCACAAUGGAAGGCUUUCACAAAACCUGAAGAGGCCUGCAGCUUCAUUAUGAGUGCAGACUUCCCUGCUUUGGUUGUGAAGGCCAGUGGCCUUGCGGCUGGAAAAGGGGUGAUUGUUGCAAAGACCAAAGAAGAGGCCUGCAAAGCUGUACAGGAGAUCAUGCAGGAGAAGACCUUUGGGGUAGCUGGAGAAACAAUUGUCAUUGAAGAACUUCUUGACGGAGAAGAGGUGUCUUGUCUAUGUUUCACUGAUGGCAAGACUGUGGCCCCCAUGCCCCCAGCACAGGACCAUAAGCGAUUACUGGAGGGAGAUGGCGGCCCUAACACAGGGGGAAUGGGAGCAUAUUGUCCGGCACCUCAGGUUUCUAAUGAUCUGCUACUAAAAAUUAAAAAUACUAUUCUUCAGAGGACAGUAGAUGGCAUGCAGCAAGAGGGUACUCCAUAUACAGGUAUUCUCUAUGCUGGAAUAAUGCUGACCAAGGAUGGCCCAAAAGUUCUAGAGUUUAAUUGCCGUUUUGGUGAUCCAGAGUGCCAAGUAAUCCUCCCACUUCUUAAAAGUGAUCUUUAUGAAGUGAUUCAGUCUACCUUAGAUGGCCUGCUCUGCACAUCUCUGCCUGUUUGGCUAGAAAACCACACUGCCCUAACUGUCGUCAUGGCAAGUAAAGGUUAUCCUGGAGACUACACCAAGGGUGUAGAGAUAACAGGAUUUCCUGAGGCUCAAGCUCAAGGACUAGAGGUGUUCCAUGCAGGCACUGCCCUCAAAAAUGGCAAAGUAGUAACUCAGGGGGGUAGAGUUCUUGCAGUCACAGCCAUCCGGGAAAAUCUCGUAUCAGCCCUCGAGGAAGCCAAGAAAGGACUAGCUGCUAUAAAGUUUGAGGGAGCAAUUUAUAGGAAAGACAUCGGCUUUCGUGCCAUAGCUUUCCUCCAGCAGCCCAGGGGCUUAACUUACAAGGGAUCUGGAGUAGACAUUGUAGCUGGAAAUAUGCUGGUCAAGAAAAUUCAGCCUUUAGCAAAAGCUACUUCCAGAUCAGGCUGUAACGUUGAUCUUGGAGGUUUUGCUGGUCUUUUUGAUUUAAAAGCAGCUGGUUUCAAGGAUCCCCUUCUGGCCUCUGGAACAGAUGGCGUUGGAACUAAACUAAAGAUUGCCCAGCUGUGCAAUAAACAUGAUACCAUUGGUCAGGAUUUGGUAGCAAUGUGUGUGAAUGAUAUUCUGGCACAAGGAGCAGAGCCCCUCUUCUUCCUUGAUUACUUUUCCUGUGGAAAACUUGACCUCAAUGUAACUGAAGCUGUUAUUGCUGGAAUUGCUAAAGCCUGUGGAAAAGCUGGAUGUGCUCUCCUUGGAGGUGAAACAGCAGAAAUGCCUGACAUGUAUCCCCCUGGAGAGUAUGACCUAGCUGGAUUUGCCGUUGGUGCCAUGGAGCGAGAUCAGAAACUCCCUCACCUGGAAAUAAUCACUGAGGGUGAUGUUGUUGUUGGAAUAGCUUCAUCUGGUCUUCACAGCAAUGGAUUUAGCCUUGUGAGGAAAAUUGUGGCAAAAUCUUCCCUUCAGUACUCCUCUCCAGCACCUGAUGGUUGUGGUGACCAGACUUUAGGGGAGUUACUUCUCACGCCAACCAGAAUCUACAGCCAUUCACUGUUACCUGUCUUACGUUCAGGACAUGUCAAAGCCUUUGCCCAUAUUACUGGUGGAGGAUUACUAGAGAACAUCCCCAGAGUCCUCCCUGAGAAAUUUGGGGUAGAUUUAGAUGCUCAGACCUGGAGGAUCCCCAGGGUCUUCUCUUGGUUACAGCAGGAAGGACACCUCUCCGAGGAAGAGAUGGCCAGAACAUUUAACUGUGGGAUUGGCGCUGCCAUCGUGGUAUCAAAGGAGCAGACAGAGCAGAUUCUGAGGGAUAUCCAGCAGCAAAAGGAAGAAGCCUGGGUGAUUGGCAGCGUAGUUGCACGAGCUGAAGGUUCCCCCUGUGUGAAAGUCAAGAAUCUGAUUGAAAGCAUGCAAAUAAAUGGGUCAGUGUUGAAGAAUGGUUUCCCGAAAAAUCAUUUCUCUGUUGAACAAAAAAAGGCCAGAGUGGCUGUCUUAAUAUCCGGAACAGGAUCGAACCUGCAAGCACUCAUAGACAGUACUCGGGAACCAAAUAGCUCUGCACAAAUUGAUGUUGUUAUCUCCAACAAAGCCGCAGUGGCUGGGUUAGAUAAAGCAGAAAGAGCUGGUAUUCCCACCAGAGUAAUUAAUCAUAAACUGUAUAAAAAUCGUGUAGAAUUUGACAACGCAAUUGACCUAGUCCUUGAAGAGUUCUCCAUAGACAUAGUCUGUCUUGCAGGAUUCAUGAGAAUUCUUUCUGGCCCCUUUGUCAGAAAGUGGAAUGGAAAAAUGCUCAAUAUCCACCCAUCCUUGCUCCCUUCUUUUAAGGGUUCAAAUGCCCAUGAGCAAGCCCUGGAAACCGGAGUCACAGUUACUGGGUGCACUGUACACUUUGUAGCUGAAGAUGUAGAUGCUGGACAAAUUAUUUUGCAAGAAGCUGUUCCCGUGAAGAGGGGUGACACUGUCACAACUCUUUCUGAAAGAGUAAAGUUAGCAGAACACAAAAUAUUCCCAGCAGCCCUCCAGCUGGUGGCCAGUGGAACUGUGCAGCUUGGAGAAAACGGCAAGAUCUGUUGGGUUAAAGAGGAAUGAAGCGGGGGCCAGUUUCGAAAGAAUUAUUUGCUGUUUGCAUGGUAGUUUUUUUAUCAUGGACUUAGCCCAAAAGAAAAAACUGCUAAAAGACAAAAAAGACUUCACCCUUACCUCGUCGAUUUUUUUUUUUUUUAAUAAACACAGACUCAUUA